AUGGUUCUCAGCGGUAGUAGAUCUAGAGGUCGUGGAGGCAGGACUGCGUCGGGUGUAAGGACAUACAAUGGUCAAAACGCCACCAGAGGUUUACCGCCGAGGACACAGCCACGGUAUCCUACUCUUCCACCACCGGUUCCUGCUCCAAAAGCUGUACAGCCACCAAACCCUAAUGAGGAAGGUGGCGACAAAGGAGGAAACCCACGUCCUAAUCCACCUCAACAAAAUCCUAAUCCAAAUGUUGACGACAAUGAUGUUUUGGAUCGUUUGCUUGCUCUUCCAGGUCACGAGCAUCUACCACUGUUGUCUGAGCAACCUAUUGCAGGAAUCGAGACUUUAUGGUUUAACAGACACAAAGGGAGGCUGUCUCGAGCGAUUGCUGGAAUCUUUAGGAGGAAGUUUGAUGGGCCUUACUACAGUUGGAAGGUGACUCCAAUACCCAUUCAAGAGAGAUACUUCAAGACAUUUGCGCGGAAGUUUAGGUGGGAUUCCGGGAUUAUUGACCUUGUUAAAGAAGGUUUCUUGAAGAUUGCCAAGAAGCGGAUGAAAGGCAUUGUCAGUCAAGCAAAGAGGAGGGGUGUGCAACCAUCAUGGAUUCGUGAUACAUUAUGGGCUGAGAUGUGGGAAUAUUGGGACACCCAUGAUGCUAUUGAGAAGAGUGAGAAUGCUUCACGGUGCAGAAAAUCUACUCGUGUAGGUCUUGGAGUGCACAAACACUUAUCCGGUCAGAAAUCAUUUGUUCAAGUUCAUCAAGAAAUGGAGGAAGAGUUGGGACGUCUUGUAUCACUUAGCGAAGUGUUUAUGAAAACACAUACUCGGGCUGAUGGAACUUUUGUGGAUCAAAAAGCGAAACAUGUUGCCGAGACCUAUGAGAAGACCAUAGAAGAGAAAUUGACUGAAAUGAAUGGGGAUGGUCUACAUACUUCAGAUAAUUCCCCUGAACAUUCAAGUCAUCAAACCCUCAACAUUGGUCAAAACAAUGAGAUCUUUCUUAAGUGUACUCAGACAUAUAUCAAAGGCAACCCUUUUGGCCUUGGAUCUCUUGUCGAGACACUUAACAAAAGAAAAGGAAAGAGAGCUAUGCGAGCCCAUCAACUGUUCAAGAUCUUCAAGAUUAACUUCGGCGCAAGAUAG